AUGCCGGCUUUGGUAAUCUGUAAUCGAAUGCCGUUUUCACAGGACGGAGUUAAUUCCGUCAACGCAGCUAUCAGACAGGACCAACCAAUGCGGUAUCUUCUGCAGUGGACGAAUCCAUCGUUGAUGGAAGAAGCCGAUUUCAUGCCUAUGUCUCAGAGAUAUAUGGAACAAGGCCAAACUGCUCUCUUCCAGUACAUGCCACAGAAUGUUCGGAAUCAAACGAUCGAUCAAAUGGAAUACAAGUGUCAGAGUAUGAUCAACAGCUGCACCUAUCAGGGAAUGGACAUUCAAGCUUUUGAUUGCUGUCGGAAUGUUCUAUACAAGCUGCCAACAACAAAGGGUUUAUGCUGGAUGUUCUACGAUCGGUUACUCACACAGAAUUCAUCGUCACCACUGCAUCAGUUCGCCAUAACAUUCCAGAUGACGCGAAACUCUUGGUAUUCCGAGCAAACGAUGCCAGUCCAUCCAGGAGUUGACGUCUAUUUGAAGAAAAACGCUGAUGACAUUGUCGACUUGAUAGGACAACUCGAAAAUCCCCUACGAUUAUUGGAUAAGAGAGGAAUGCGCGUAAGGAUGCACAAGGAGGUCCGAAUAGCCGAUACUUUCAAUUUUUAUUGA